UUUGAUCAAAAAUCUGCUGGAAAUGUCUGCCUUUUGGCAAAAGCCAAUGCACUUUGUGGCUGAAGAGCAGUUUCCCCACAAAUCCCCCCAAAGAAUAAUACAGAACACUCGAAAUUUGUUUGGAGGAGCCUCCCACUGUGUUUGCAUAUAAGUAUUAUACACAUACCCAUCUCCAGCAAUGAAACUAAAUAUGGGUUAGUCUUUAUCUCAAUGGUAGAGAGCAAAGAGCACUGCUGGGGAUACAAAAAAACAAAAGGGGGACACAACAUCUGUGCCACAGUGGCAGCCAGCAGUGUUCCCCUGCGGAUUUGGGCUCCAAUUUCUGGUGUGGCUGUAUUCCUUUGAGCCAAAACAAACACACAAAAAACCCAGAACAGAACAGAACACAACACAAAAAAAGGAAAAAGGGAAGGAAAGAAAAUGGUUCAAUAACUCCGCGUGCUGAACUUUAAUGUCGUGUGAAUUGCAUUAGAGCCAGACAGAAACCGAGCCAGAAGCCGAAACAGAAACAGAAACAGGAACAACAGCCACACAAGAGAAAUUGUGUUUAUAUAUCGGGCUUGAAAUAAGGAAAAGUCUUAAACCUGAAAAUCCAUCAAAACAGCAAACUUUUAUCGACUGGACUUUGCCUUAAAGAUGCUAGAAAAGACAUUUCCAUUGUGAUUUGUAGUCCAGUUUUAGUAGGAUAUAAACAAACAAAAAAACACCUAUGAGAAAAAUUAUAGAAAAUUAUAAAAAAUUCAAGAAAAUCAGCAGCAAUGGCGUCCAGUAGUGUCUAACCAAUAAAAAUCAGAAAUAAAAUAACAGGAAACGGCCGCAGCCGAAAACUAAAAAGAUGUCCAUGGCAUUGUGCAACCUGAACAGCGACGGCAGUCAAGCUCCGCCGCAGCAGCCGCAGCAAUCACAGGCUGCCGCUGCCGCUGGCGCUGCCACAAGCGCCGCAGGAGCAGGGGCAGGGGCAGGACACACACAGGAGAGCAUACUCGACGCGAGCAAUGCCACAACGCCGCUGCUGCUGGGACACGAGCAGGGCAGCAGCAGCACUGCCGGAGAGAGAGCGCCAGAGCGAGAGCGCGGCGGCGAUGUUGUGGAUGGCACUGCAACAUCGAUACCCAUGCCACUGGAAAUGGUGGGAGCUGUGGAGCAGCACCAGCAGCAGCAGUUAUCGCUGCCAACGCCACUGCCAAUGCUCAAUGGCAGCCAUAUAAUGAUGGCAUUGCCAGGCGGAAAUUUGAAUUUUGUAACGGGAACGACUGCGCAGGCAGCCGUGACGCAGCAGCAGCAGCAGCAGCAGCGGAUGAUAAGCAACGGCGCAGUUGCGCCCUCGACCAAUGACAGCAAUAAUAACAAUAAUCCCAACAACAAUGUGGACAAUACGAGCGACGACUCGAAUCCGGUCACAAUUUACAGGUGCCGGGCUCCAAUCGCGUCACUCGACUGUAUGGAGGAGUUCAGUGGUACGGGCGGUCAUCUUGAUUUCGGCCGCUCGAUAAGUCUCGGCUCGAACCCGGCCUUGCCGCUGCGCCACGGCUCGACACCGACGCCGGGACUGCGGUACAAGAAUCUGGGCAAGAGCGGCCUGAGGAUCUCCAAUGUGGGCCUGGGCACCUGGCCCGUCUUCUCGCCGGGCGUCAGCGACGAGCAGGCGGAGGCCAUCCUCAAGCUGGCCAUCGAGAGCGGCAUCAAUCUGUUUGACAUCUCGGAGGCCCACUCCGAGACGGAGAUCGGUAAGAUACUGCAGCGCGCGGGCUGGAAGCGUACCGCCUAUGUCAUCACCACGAAGGUCUACUGGAGCACCAAGUCCGAGGAGCGGGGCCUCUCGCGCAAACACAUCAUCGAGUGCGUGCGGGCCAGUCUGCAGCGCCUGCAGCUGCAGUACAUCGACAUUGUCAUCAUCCACAAGGCGGAUCCUAUGUGCCCCAUGGAGGAAGUGGUUCGUGCCAUGAGCUAUGUGAUACAGCAGGGUUGGGCUAUGUACUGGGGGACGGCACGAUGGAGCCAGGUGGAGAUCAUGGAGGCCUACACCAACUGCCGGCAGUUCAACUGCAUCACCCCGAUCGUGGAACAGUCCGAGUACCACAUGUUCUGCCGCGAGAAGUGCGAGCUCUAUCUGCCCGAGAUGUACAACAAGAUCGGGGUGGGCCUCAUGGCCUGGGGUCCGUUGUCGAUGGCCCUGAGCGACACCCAGAACGGGGACAAGAUCUUUCUGCCCAAGGGCUCGUUCAAGACGAAGAGUUUCUCUUGGACCGAAGACGAGAUCAAUCGGAAUGCUGCUCUUUCGCCGCAAGGCAGCUGGGGCAAGGACCGUAUCGAGGAGGGGCGUCGCCACUGCGACCGACUGCGCGACCUGGCCGCCCUGGCCGAGAAGCUGGGCUGCAGUCCCACGCAGCUUUCGAUCGCCUGGUCGCUCAAGCACGAGCCCGUCCAGUGCCUUCUCCUGGGCGCCACCUCUGCCGAGCAGCUGCACCAGUCUCUGCAGUCCCUGCAGCUACUGCCGCGCCUGUCAUCGAGCGUAAUGCUGGAAUUGGAGCGGAUAUUGGAGAAUAAACCGGUACGGCCGCCAAUGAUAUCGACGCUGGCGCUUCGGUGACAAUCAGCCUGCCCGCAGGGGCCGCUCAGCCUGAGCGGGGGAGGUCCCUGCGGCGCCGAUUCGCCGAAGCAUGUCGAGGAUGAGGCCUUCAUCGAGGAGGUGGACGCUGCCAAGGAUGCUGCGAAGCAGGGUUUCUGUCUCAUUCAGUGACGAAAGGAGUCCUUAGAUAAUGAUAAUAAAUUUUUGAAAGUGAUUAGUAGUAAAACUAGCCUAAGUAGCAAUACUAUGACGACAACAAUAAGCAAGCAAGAACUACAACAACAGCAGCAGCAGCAGCAGCAGCAGCAUCAGGCCAUCACCAUCCGCAGCAGCUCGAUGACAGUCGCAGGAGGAGGAGCAGGACCAGGAGCGGCAGCAGGAGCGGCAGCAGGAGCGGCACCUCUUCCCUCUCAGUCACAAUUUGACACGCUCAACAACAACUACGGCAGCAGCCUCACUAAUACCAAUACCAAUAUGAACAUCAGCGAGACACCGCCACGUCGCUCCCUGCUCAACUUCAAGUCCCUGGACUUUCACAUCAAAUCCCUCUACAGCGGACUGCGCACCGGCAGCACAAGCCCCGGCAAUGCGAACAGCUCUCCGGGUGGUGUCCAGGUGCUAGCGGCGGACGGAGGCCAGCGACGGAUGCCGUAUCUGCGCAUCGAGAGCGUCGAUCCAGACGGAGAGCCGUGCGCGGGACCAUCCUCCAGACGAGAGUCGGUUGUGGGUCAGCGAUUGCAGGUCUCGCCCAGCCUCCUCUCUCCAUACAGCGGCGGAGGUGCAGGUGGAGGUGUGGGAGGGGGUGGAACAGGAGCCAGCCUGCUGAUGCCCUCAUCGGAUGGUUCAACCAUACGCCGCUCCUCCACCUCCGACAUUGUGGCCUGCCGUCGAGGCGGCGGAUCCCAGGACAGUCGCCGGCCCAGCACCUCGGAUCUGCUGCGGCGGGCCAGGGAGAGGCGGGGCAGCGAGGCCCGCAUGGGGCGCAGUGUCUCGCACGGCGGACUGACGCGAGGUGGUGGCUCCUUUGGCGGGGGCCUGGGUGGAAGACGCACCAGUAUGGCCUUCUAAAUGAGACAAGCGAAGCGAGGCAGGAGAUCAAAUCAGAAAUCGGCUGACUAAAUGGCGCUUAUGAAUUUUUAUCUAGAGAAAAAAAAACAAAACAAAAAUAUCAGCGUGUAAGAAAA